AUGUCCAAUCAACUAUUCUUUCUGAGCUUGGCCGAUAUCUUCUCUGUAUAUCCUGCCAUCUUCAAGGAGCAGAGCAAGAAACUGAAAAAGACCAAACAGAUCUACCUUCCCAGCGAUGAGGAGUGGCAGGACAAGAUGUAUUAUAUGCUUCUGGAGAUUCAGCGUCAUGUGAACGACUCCUCCGACGAAACGUUAUCUCUACAGGACAUCAAUAAGAAAGAGAAACCUCUCUUUGACCCUCUGCGUAUCACCAAGAUCCUUACCCCAGGUAUUAGUCCCAAUGGACGACGCAGUAGGACCUUGAAGUACUGUCAUUCCACCACGGUGAAGAUCAAGCUGAAAGCCGGAGCCCGUUGGACUUUACCCACUAUCGCCAAUGCCGCCAAACUGCUUCGCAAACCACCGAUUAUGGUGGAUUUUCAAAACGAGCAUGAGAUGAGAUUGGCUUACUCCUUAAUCUACGAUGUGUUUCGAUAUAAGGUUGUGAUGUCGAAUGCCUUAAGCGAUGUCUGCUUUUUUGAGCAACACAAGGAGUACAUAAGUGACGAGCAACGAAUUUGGUUAAUGCUCUUUGAACUCUACGACCGCCAGUUCAAAGGUCGCAACUCCGAGGAGAAGGAACUCCAAGCAAGUCUUUACAAGGAGGCGGAAGUUACAGAACUGGCGGAUGUUCUUUGGCAGCAUCGCAUCCGCUUGGCAGCCUCAAUUUCCCGGAUGCGGAUACGGGUGGGAGCUCUCCGGCUCUCACAGUUGCUACCCAUUCACCUGCAGAACGAGAAGGUGGCCAUUGCUGCAGCCAAUCCCGUGGUCACGGGAUGGAUUAAUCCGUUCUUAGUGCGCAAUAAAGAAGAGGCGGAUAAGAUCCUCACCGAUAUGGGCUUUACGGUCCACGGUCCGGAUGAUGAGCAGCCGCUGCUGGAGCAGCAUUGUAAAUGGGACAAUAUCUGUCCUUUGGUCAUAUCCUGUAUACCCAAGGACCGCAGUGAGUUCACCAAAUCUGUGCUGAUGACCAAACAUUAUUUUAUAAUGCAGGACAAGAACUUUACCUUUGGACCAGCCAUAAUGUCCAAGUUAAUGGAUUACUUUGAGUUGGAUGGUGAUAUUCUGCAGACUCACAUUGGAUCCCCAAGAUCCACUGCCUAUUUGGCAGCCCUUUUUUAUUCCAUUAAUCGUGUUAACAACUUCUAUGUCUACGGAGCUGGUGCGAAUCUAAAGGAUUAUCGCAGAUAUAUGGAAUUGAUUGGAGUAAACAAUAUCAGGUUAUUUGGCGAUGCCUUCACCUCAUUCCCCAUGGAGUCCAAUCGAUUUCGGACUGUGGUUGGGAUAUUUGCCACACCUCCGAACUCCUUUAGCGCCAUUUCGGAUCCCAUAGACUUGAUAUGUUCCCGCGGUGGGGAUCUCAGUAUGCUGGAAGUUCUUACCGAAUCGGAGGUCAGUGAUGAGGGUCGCCAACGGGUGGCCAUGAUCCUAGAGGAGCAGCUGCUGACCCUGACCAUGUCGAUGUCGCGUCCCCAGGUGCAGUUUGUGCUCUACCAAACGCACUCCAUUGUGGGCACCGAAAACGAGGAUAUGGUGAAGCAUGUCCUGGAACUGAUCAAUAAACUGGCUCUGGAGAAGCAUCGCAAUGCCUACAAGGAGCAGAAGCGUCUGGAGGCUUUAGCCGAAGCGGAAGCAGCCAACAUUCCAGCGGCUGCGAUGAGCAAGGACUCGCCUAGAAAAAAGGAUAAGCCAUCGAAUCAGCCCGAGGUGCCAGCUCCAGGCUCCGGGCCGGCAUCAACAGCUCCCCCUAUGCCAAGGGUAGACAGCAUUGAUUUGAUAGUAACCCCGGAUAUCGAUGAGUUUGUCCAGGACAAAGUGCCGGAUAUAUGCAUUAAUCAGGACGAAUGUAUUAAGCAGCAGGUGACGGGAAGCUAUCUAUCCCUGGUGCGGCGGAAAACUCUGACCCAUCUAAACGAGAAGUACUUAAUCCGAAGAGCGGAGCAGAGAGGACUCUUUGGCAAACCCGAAAAGGAUACCAAGGAGAAGGCCAAGCCCAAGGCAGUUAAGCUGCAGGAGCAGCAAGCAGAAACCACACCCCAGGAUAUGGGCUAUGAUCAGAGGAACUCGGGUCGAUCUAGUGCCCAGCAGAUACUCCAGCGUCUGCAGCGAUCGACGAGCGCCAGUGCGAUCCGCUCGCACCUGACCAAGGUAUCCUCCAUUUAUCGCCGGCCCAUCGCCUUCAAUUUCAUAAGGCGCGAGUGCAAGCGAUUCUACGUCUUGCCCGUCUACAUGCACAGCACCAAGCAGAGCAUUCGAUUAUGGUGGCAAUACGCGUACAAAUGCGUCACACCCGCCGCCUCGGCUGACGCGGUGUGGAAUCCAAAUCUGAAAUUCCGGCUACACUGCAGCCGGCAGCUGCGGAUACGGAAAUUGCGACGUGGUCCCUGGUCCAGGAGGCAGCCCCUCCGGCUGCAUAUUAAUGACAUCAAGCUGUUGUGCCAGGUGCGACAGCGGAGUAAAUAA